ACAGGUCCGGCCGCCAGUCUCGCUGACUACGCGGCGCGCGCCGCCCGCAUCACCACGUUAUUUAAUUUUAUUACAUUUCUUCACGUGUUUCGUUUCGCGUACACAUUCGGACGGCGGUUUCAACUUCGCGCCAUGUGCACCAAAUUGUGAUUUCGGACCCCAAACAAAAUGGAACAUCGUGGUACAUUUCGACAUACAAAAACAUUUUUCGGCAAAAUUUCCGUCAACCGCAACUAAACGCAGUUCAAAACUAGGUUCAGUUUUUUCGGUUUUCUUUUCGGUUACGUUCGUUGAUUUUUUCGUUAUUCAGUUUUUUCACAAACUAAUGCAGUUGAAACGGUUUAAGUUCGUUCUUAUGAGUUCCUUUCGUUUCUAAAUGAAACUGUAACACAAAACCAAGAAACAGUAGCACCGACAGACGGAUAGAAGUAACCAGAAGGCGGCAGAAGUAGCGAUGGCGUUGGCAUCUUCUGUGAGCUUGUACUACUCGAUCGUGCAGCGGGCGGCGAGGCAUUAUCUAGAAGAUUAUUGUCAUACAGACACGACAGCGCCCUACGUGCUGUACAAGGAUGGCGUGGAACGUGCUCCGCCGGGCACGCAGUGGGGCGGCACCGUGCUCGACGGCGGCUACCAGCCGAUGCAGCAUCAGAGCCCGGGCGGGCCCUCGCCGCAGCCCGAGCCGCAGCUGGCGUCGCCCGCGCCCUCGCCCUACCCGCCCGCGCCGCCGCCCACCGACCCCGCGGCGGAGGAAGCAGCGCAGCAACUCGCACAGCAGCAAGCGCAGCAACAGCAGCAGCAGCAGACCUCCCCCGACCACAUGCAGGUGGAGCAACAGCUGCAGAGUCAGUCGCAACCGCCGCAAGACCACCUGGACCGCACGCCGUGCUUCGUCUCCCAAGCGGAUCUACAGCAGCAGUACGCCACGCCCUACUUCAAGGAGACGCGACCCACCAGCCACAUGCUCGGCACCGGCGGAUUCCCCCUGCACUACUUGAAACAGAACGGCGGAGUGUUAUCGCUAGAGGGCCCGCUCGACCAGUACGCGGCGCCCGACUUGCGCCACCUGCCGGAUAUCGUGCAGCCCGAGCCGCCCAAGCCGCGCAAACACAACCCCAACUCCGAGCUGCGGCUCUUCAAAUGCCUGACGUGUGGCAAAGACUUCAAGCAGAAGUCCACGCUGCUGCAACACGAGCGCAUCCACACGGACUCGCGGCCGUACGGAUGCCCCGAGUGCGGCAAGCGCUUCCGCCAGCAGUCGCACCUCACGCAGCACCUGCGCAUCCACGCCAACGAGAAACCGUACGCGUGCGUGUACUGCCCGCGCUCCUUCCGCCAGCGCGCCAUCCUCAACCAGCACCUGCGCAUCCAUUCCGGUGAGAAGCCAUAUACGUGCGGCGAGUGCGGCAAACAUUUCCGCCAGAAGGCCAUCCUGAACCAGCACGUCCGCACACACCAAGACGUGUCCCCGCACCUAAUCUUCAAGAACGGAACGACGCCGACGUUGUGGCCGCAGGACGUGCCGUAUCCGCCCGACGAGAACAAGGAGGAGGUGCAGUCGACCUUCGGCGACGACGGGCCCAACGGCGACCAGCGGGGUUCGUGCUUCUCGCCCGGAGACACGGCGCAAUACCCCGCAUACUUCAAGGACACGAAGGGGCUCAACCACGGCGUCUUCGGCUCGAGCCUGUCGCUGCAGUAUCUCAAGGGCGGCAAACUCCCCGACGUGUUGGGCGGGCGGGCGAUGCCCCUGUACGUCCGCUGUCCGAUCUGCCAGAAGGAGUUCAAGCAGAAGUCGACGCUGCUGCAGCACGGCUGCAUACACAUAGAGUCCCGGCCGUACCCGUGCCCCGAGUGCGGCAAGCGCUUCCGGCAGCAGUCGCACCUCACGCAGCACCUGCGCAUCCACACCAACGAGAAGCCGUACGGCUGCGUGUACUGCCCGCGGUUCUUCCGGCAGCGGACGAUCCUCAACCAGCACCUGCGCAUCCACACCGGCGAGAAGCCGUACAAGUGCACGCAGUGCGGCAAGGACUUCCGGCAGAAGGCGAUCCUGGACCAGCACACGCGCACGCACCAGGGCGACCGGCCCUUCUGCUGCCCGAUGCCCAACUGCCGGCGGCGGUUCGCCACCGAGCCGGAGGUGAAGAAGCACAUCGACAACCACAUGAACCCGCACGCGGCGAAGGCGCGGCGCGCUGACGCCAAGACGCCGCGCCCGCUGCCGCCCGCCGCCGCUGUGGUGAAGCCCGAGCUGUACUUCCCGCAGUGCUACGCGCCGCCGUUCCAGCAGUUCCCCGCCGCCGAGUUCAAGCCGGCGGUGGGCCCGGCCGGCGCGUGCCUGCCCGCGCAGUGACCCGCGCCCCCGCGGUGGCCGCCCCCGCCGCACGCGCCCGCGCCGCACGCGCACGCGCCGCACGCGCCGCACGCGCCGCACGACCUCUACAUCUCGGACCGCCUCUACAACUAGCCGGCGGUAUCAGUAUACGACUACCCGCAACUCGCGAGUUGCAUCGGAUCGCUGUAAAACACGCUUCGAUCUGUAAAUACCGAUUACUUUAUACUCUGUCGAAGGUCUGUCGCGAUGUACAGUUGAAGACUGCGUACACCAUUACCAGUGUUACCGUUCAGAAAGCGAGUAUAGAUAGCAUUUUUGCCCCGUAAUAUUAAGUUACCACGUAAGAGUUAGGUUUCUCGGCGGUUCUCAGUCGAUACGGUCGAAAUGUCCGUCAAAAUCUAAGCGGAUCGAACCAGAGAUUAGAAUUAAAUAAAAACUCUUCGUUGAAAUAUAAAGAAAUAAGAUUUGCUCUUUUACCACAUUACAACAGUAUUUCGCGAUGAAUGCUUUCGGUACAUCGUUGUGCCUAUUUGUAAUAAAUAUACAUAUUUUUUAGACAUUACGUUAAUUUUAUUUAGAAAAGUUAGGUUUAUACAAUCUGGCGGUGUAGUGGGGUGUGAAAAUUGAAGAAACGAUGCUCAAAAUUCCUCUUAAGUUAAAUAUAGUUAAUCGUUAAAACUUAGUCCAGGUCGUGUCGGGAAACAAAACAGUACAUAUUCAGCGGAUUAGAGCGAGAAUAUAAACCAAAAACGUAGGUUACCUGUUGCCAUCAUACAUAGUUUUUUGUUAUACGAAUAUUCUGUUACUUAUGACGCAAGAGAAGCCCGUAACACAGUAGGUGCCAAAUAAAUGUAGUGACUUGAGUUUACAGUAAUACUAGGCCUAGUUUAGGUUGUUACCAGUUUUUUCAACGAAAUGACAUAUUGAGAGAUGCAUUUAGGACGUGGAAAGGGUCAGACUGAGAAAGGACUGUGAUAGCUAGGUAGGUUAGGCGUCUAUAUCGCUCACUUAGCAUAUAAUCGUGAUUGUGAAUCCCUUUUGGAGUCGAGUGAAUGUUUUAAAUCGUUUUGUUUUCGUUUUAGCUUCCUAUUAUUGACGUCGACUCGAAAUUGCCAAACUUAAAAAAUAAAACUUAUUACGCACGUGCCGAACUUAAAUGAUUUCGAAAAAAAUCUUAUUUUAAACAAUUGUCUAAUUACAAUUCUUGUUAUAUGAAUAUCACAAUUUCUUAUAACAGGACCAACUAGAAGGUUAACCCUUACAAACGACAAAAAACUACAAUCGUUUAUGCGAAGCAAAUCACGCUUUCCACCUUUUGGAAUUAAUUGUAAAUAAAAGUACAAAAUAUAUUACUCGUAACAUGACAAAAAAAAUUGUGAAUAUAAAAAAUAUCCUUUGGAAGGCGGAUAAAAUUUUUUUGUUCGGCACGGGCGGUCUCGACUGGGUAUAAUUGUUAAUUGGGUUAUACACAAAACCCUAAAGUAAACUGAUUUGACUACUGUAAAAAAGGUGUUACAUACCGUUAAACGUGUCAAUUUAGUGCAGUUUACAUAACCGAAUUAACGUUAACACCAGUGUACGAUUUUCGUUGUUCCUAAAUUAUAAUUGAAAUUUAGCAUUUUUGUAGGAGCCAACCGCACGCUACGAGCGUCGGUUGGUGCCUCGACUGAUUCGUAAAGUGUAACUUGAGUGAGAUUAGCGAAUUUUACCAAUUACGUGACACACGAUGUCGCGAAGUGCUUAUUGAUAGGUGUCGGUUUUGGAUUGUGGGAAUGCCAGAGAAAUGUUUUACUUAAUUUUAGCUUAGACUAUCUAUCGGAUUACCAAGCAAUUCGAUCAUUCAUCGCGAAAUAAACUUAAUUAUAGGAAGAAUAAAGAUAUAUAUGAAUUUGUGAGCUUGUCGGAACGCACGCCGCUGGACGAGGCCUCGGUCAUUUCGCGUCCACAAUAGGUACAGGUAGGCUUAGAACUCCAGGUUUUUUUAAUUACUAUUGACUGCUAAUUGAAAUUUACACAAAUCUCUAUACUACACCAAUUUGAUAUCUAUGCAAUAGAACUCUUUUUAUUCCAUAACAAAAAUGAAAAAAAUAGCGCUACUUCUAAAUAAUUUACACGAUAUUUAUACUAGAUACAGUCUGCGAAUCGAUGACUGUCAAAAAGC